AAAAGUGAGUUAUUAACAAAUGUUUCAAUUUUCAGAUCCACGUGAUAUCUAAAAUGGGAGCUGCUGAAUACAUGAAGCUUUUGUGGCGCAAGAAGCAGAGUGAGACUAUGCGCUACAUUCUGAGAAUGAGAGCCUGGCAGUACAGACAAUUGAAGGCAGUCCACCGAGUGCCCCACUCCUCCCGCCCAGACAAGGCCAGGAUGUUGGGCUACAGAGCGAAGCAAGGUUUCGUCAUCUACCGGUCCAGAGUGCGAAGGGGAGGUUUCGUCAGACAUGUAGCUAAAGGGCAGACAAUGGGCAAGCCUACAAACGCUGGAGUGCACGAGCUUAAACUAGCCAAGAGUAACCAGUCCAUUGCUGAGAAGCGAGCUGGCAAAUAUGCUGGAGCUCUGCGGGUGCUCAACUCAUACUGGGUUGGAACUGACGGUAUGUACAAGUAUUAUGAGGUCAUCAUGGUCGACCCCAUGCAUCCGUCCAUCCGAAAAGACCCCAAGAUCAACUGGAUUGUGAGCGCGAAGCACAAGCACCGAGAGUGCCGAGGACUUACCAGCGCUACCAAGAAGUCCAGAGGACUGGGCAAGGGUAUCGGACACUCGAAGACUAUCGGAGGAUCGAGAAGGGGCAACUGGAAAAGGAGAAAUACUCUACAGAUGCGACGAUACAGAUAGACUACAACUACAUCCCAGUGGAUGCUGUUUGUGUCGAUUAUUGGUGUUCAUUUAUUGCUUCUGGUUUUAUUGCAAUAAAGUGAAUUAAUUAUCCGCAAACAA